AAAACAACCGUGACAUUGCCCUUGUUGUUGUUGUUCCGUAUCGCCAUAGUUGUUGUUGUUCUGGAAAUAAGAGGCUUCCGGUGUUUCGUUCACAUCUGUCAAAAUUAAUGGAUGUCGCAUUGAAAGAUAGUUGUAUAGGUGAAACGUGUGAUUAAUUACUUGUAUGCCAGCACUUGACAAACACAUGAGCGACCUAAGAUGAUUGAGGUGAAUGCCCUUUUGCAAAGGGGUACCGUCUUUCUGGCUGGAGAAACUCUGCAAUGUAACAUCACCUUCAAGAAUGUUGGUGAGGCUUCAGACAGCCUUUCCUGGGCCAGUGCCCAGAUUCACUGCCAGUGCUCCGUGAGCGAGAGUCGAGUCUUCCUGCCAAAGGCUCUUCAUCUGUCCUCUGAAGACAUAAAUACGUCUGCGGACACUUCGUUUGUCCCCAGUAAAGGAGAACAUGGCAUGACGGUGCUGUCAACCAAACCAAGGAUCCUCUUUUGUGACCUGAAGCUGGAACAGGGCCAGUCCAAGACAUUCACAUACACGGAGGUGGUCCCUGCCGACUCCCCACCUUCGUUUCGCGGCCAGGCCGUGAAGUACUCCUACAAGCUGACCAUUGGCACACAGAGGAUCAACCAUCCCACCAAACUGUUGCGCAUACCCUUCAGAAUCCUAGUCUUGCAUGGUUUGAAUGAUCUCUCCGUGUACCUGGAACCAGCAGAAGUGCAGCCUGCCAACCCGUUCCUGCUGCAGAAGACAGAGGACACUGUCCUGGAUAUUGCCCUCCAUAUACUGGAGACCGUCACCUGCAGGAAGGGGCCUCACUCCUACAACAUAACCAAUAGUAGAGGUCGAGUUGCCCGCUGUGUCAUGUUCAAGACGGCCUACAAGCUGGGGGAGGACAUCAUAGGCAUCAUGGAUUUCUCUGAGACCAAUGUCUCAUGUGUUCAGUUCAGCGUGACAUUGCAAAGUGAGGAGACGAUCUCAGAAGAAUGCAGGAAGAAGUCUGCCCAGGGCAGCUCAGUGACGUCCUAUGUGCGUCAUCAGGACACGUGUCUGAACACGCUCAAGUCUCACUUCAGUGUUCCGGUCCCCCUGACUGCCACACCAGGCUUCAUCACAGAUAUUGUAUGCCAGAGGUGGCGCCUGCACUUUGAGUUCGUCACAACGGUAGAGCCAAUACAGGGUGAGGUCCGCGUUGACGAGGACGACAGCACCACCUGGCGUGGGCCGGCCACUCUGCAGGUGGAGACCAUGGUGUGGGACUUCCCAGUGAAGAUCUACCCCUCCCACCCAGGCCACGCCUCCAGUGUCACCCUGCUUAAACUGCUUCACUCUAUAACUGUAUAGCUGUAAUUAUUGUACCUACAUGUACAAUUGUAUUUGAUAUAUGUGCAGUGAUUGACCUGAAAGUGUCUAUCUUGAUUGUUUAUUAAGUACUGGAAGUAUGAUUGUUAUGUAGUACUGGGAUAAAGAAACUGCUACACUCCAUUACUGUGUAUAUAUACAUGUUAUCAUUGUAUCUACUUGAUUAAUAUAAAGUGUUUGAGGAUGAUUGUGUAAAUCUUGAUUGUUGUGUAGUACUGAAAGUAUGAAACUUUUCCACUCCAUUACUGUGUAAUUUUAAGUCUGAUAAUGUCAUUUUAUUACAGUGGAGUAUUAUAUCUGGUAUCAUGAAGCUUUGAAACACCAUUUUCAUAAUGUUUUAUUGUGCUUUGAAGUAUAUCAUCUAAAUUUG